CCGGAAACGACAUCAUCCCCACAAAGCAGUCUGAUGCCUCGGCUUGAGGAGUACAGAAUUAUUAAAUUGGUAGAUAAUAAGAGUCCGGAAUAUUCAGGCGUUCGCCUACCAAAAGCGAGGCACACACAACAUAAAGGCCGUUUUGGCAUCAUUGCCAACAACCUCCUCCUCCCACAUCCCAGUCGACCAACAGCCCAACACCACCACCACCCAUCAUGUUGCGAGCAGCCGCCCCAGCAUUCAUCCCUCAACGGAUGCGCAGCCCUUGCCAAUUCUUCCAGCAAGGCGCAUGCCGGUUUGGUAACAGCUGUAAAUACCUUCACAUUGUCUCAGCGCGACCUGGACAAAUUGACCAGGAGAUUACUGUCUCCGAGGAUGAGGAACUGGCUAGAGAGAUUGUGAAGUUGGCCUUGACGAAGAGCGAGCGCGCUAAGGGCAGUCAAGAUGGUACCACUUGUGAUAGGAAGAUUUAUGGAGCUGCUAUCACCUUCGGUGCCGGCGCCGAGGUCACGAACAUCGAAAUACCUUCAAAGCACAAAUAUGGGAAGUGGGUUCAGAACGACUCAGUCAUUUGUUCUUGGUACAGACCAGCGGGAAUGGCUUUUCUAACUUACAAUGACCUGGACCUGCUCCACGAGGCGGGCGAACUUCUUCUAAAGACGACUACCCCUUCCGGUUGCAAUCUCGAUUGCGUAGUUCAGCGACCUGGCCGGAACGACCGAAACAAUCGAUUCACGUUGGAAGUGCGCAAUCUUGAGGCUGAGUGUGGGGAGGAAUGGUUCAAGAAUAUCCUCGGUACCAUUUACCCACUGAAGAUCAAGAUCAGAGCGCCGUCAUUGGGUGCUCCUCCUGAUGAAUCCAGGGAAGUCGUUCAGGGACUCCUUCAAAGUUUUGGGCAACUCAAGAGCUGCAGUUUCCAUAACAACCCGGCCAGAUCCACUUUUUGCCUCAGUGCGUCGUUUUCUGAUCCAAAGAACGCUAUCACAGCUGUCCGGGAGUUGAAUGGGAGUCACCACGAAGACAUUGGACGACUCUCCGUCCGACCUUCAAUCAGCAUCAAGUUCAACGUCCCCUCCCGAAUGGUUAUGGUCUUGCUCCCCGAACUCUACCAGCUUCAGAGACAGAGUAGCGUAGAACAUCGUGUCCGAUUCAUUCUACCCCGUUCAAAAGAUAACGGCGGCCCGGUUCGGACUCUGCGAAUUGAGGCAGAUGGCACGGAUGCUCCAAAUCUCGUCUCAAAGGUUAAGGCGCAACUGGAGAAGCUUCUAGCGGGUACUGAUAUCAAGCAUGACGGUGCGCCUUUGUGGCACUCUUUCUUUGGCAGCACAGAUGCACUUCAAUAUCUGACUAGAUUGUCACAUAUAAGCCAACUUUACAUUCACCGGGAUGCCCGCAAAUCUCAAUUGAGGUUGUAUGGCGGAAUUGCGACGAUCAGAGAGGAGGUACGAAAGAUCCUAGUUGCCAAGGUUGCAGAGCUGAAGCAACCACGCCAAAUAUGGGUUCUUACCGAAGGCGAAUUCAAGACGGCUGUUGCUGGCGGCUUCUCGAACAUCGAGUCAGUUCUCGACAAAAAGGUCACACUCGACGUGGCAAGCACACCAAAGAAGAUUCUCGUUCAAGGAUCAAAGAAAGACCUCGUAAUGGCAAAGUCAAUCUUUCAUGGAGAGACAUUAUAUUAUGAGGAUGAUGAGGUGAGUCCAACAGGUCCGCCAGCGGCUUUACCAGGUGCCUGCUGCGCCUGCUGCGCCUGCUGGACCGAGCCCGCGCCCGAAGAAGUAUUGGAUAUUGCAUGUGGUCAUACGUAUUGCCGAGAGUGCUUCCUCAACCAGGCCGCAUCGUGUGAGUUUCCUUUCCGCUGUGCUACACGUGGAGAUGAGGGACGUUGUUCACAUGUGUUCUGUCUCCAAGAGCUCCGAACUCUCCUUGACUUCACGGAUUUUGAAUCCCUCCUAGAUGCAAGUUUCAAAACCUAUGUCCGCACCAACCCUACGUUAUACCAGUAUUGUCCGACUCCGGAUUGUCCUUCGAUAUAUUGCCUCCCUGCACAACCUUCCGCAGAAAAUCGCAACGCCACCCACGAGUCGGCCAGCUCCACGAGCUUUCUAUGUACUGCCUGUCUUAUCAACAUCUGUGCUCACUGUCAUGCCAUUUACCAUGAUGGCAUGACAUGUGCUGACUACAAAGACUCGCCCAAUUUAGAGGCACUUCAGACACUGAAGCGAGAGAUGGGAUGGCAGGAUUGUCCGCACUGCAAAACUUCGAUUGAGAAGACUGAAGGCUGCAAUCACAUGGCUUGUACCGUCUGUGGCGCACAUAUUUGCUGGGUCUGUCUGCGAGCCUUUGAGGAUGCCAACACUUGCUAUCUGCACUUGACUGCUGUGCACGGAGGAAUCGGGCUGCUUGAUCACGAUGAGAUUAUCGACGAGUUCCUAGAUUUUGAUCAAGAUGCGGCGCUUGACGAGUUCGGUAAUGUUAUGGAAGCUUGGUGAUGAGUUUCGGUACUAAUGUGAAGGAUUUUCGGUUUGAGUGUAUGGACAUUGGAUUGUAUUUCGGAUAUGGUUGGCAUUCUACCAAGAUAGGGCUACAGACAUUACGGAAGUAUGAAUGUCCCUAAUAAGCAAGUUCCCCCAGGCUCGGGGUACCCCCUCAACGCCACGAACGCCUCUGCUCCUUGUCUAGAGAGCUAUGUCAUAAUUGUCAACUAACAUCACAAGUCUCCCAAGUCCAAUGUAACAGUUGAAACCUCAGGCUCAUAUCAUCGAGGUCCGUGGUAGCCCCUAAAACUCCUCGCAUCCAACUC